AUGACUCACCAUUGCACCAAGUUUUCCGGCCACUGGAAGAUCAUUGUCUUCGACGAGGAGUGCUUCCAGGGUCGCCGCCAUGAGUUCACCUCCGAGUGCUGCAACGUGAUGGAGUUCGGCUUCGAGACCGUGCGCUCCCUCAGGGUGGAGAGUGGAGCCUGGGUUGGUUAUGAGCACGCCUCCUACCAGGGACAGCAGUUUGUCCUGGAGAGAGGAGAGUACCCCCAGUGUGAUGCUUUCGGCGGCAGCAACGCCUAUCACAUUGAGAGACUGACCUCCUUCAGACCUAUUGCCUGUGCUAACCACAGAGAGUGUCGUAUGACUAUCUUUGAGCGUGAGAACUUCCUGGGCCGCAAGGGUGAGCUUAGCGACGAUUAUCCCUCCCUCCAGGCCAUGGGCUGGUGCAACAAUGAAGUUGGCUCUCUCAGGAUCCAGUCUGGAGCAUUUGUGUGCUACCAGUACCCUGGUUAUCGUGGAUACCAGUAUAUCAUGGAGUGUGAUCGUCACUGUGGGGAGUACAAACACUUCAGGGAGUUUGGCUCCCACUGCCAGACCCCUCAGAUCCAGUCCAUCCGCCGUAUUCAGCAGUAA